GGAAAUGGGCUCCCAGGCUCUGUCUACUGCCCAGACCCUCCUCCAGCAUGUGCAUGAUGCCUGCCAGAGCCUGGUGCCCAGCAUCCAGGGGCUGCCAACCAGUGUGCAGGAGCAGGUCCAGCAGGGCUGCCGGCACCUGGGGGAGCUCCAGGCUGCCUUCUCCAGCGCCCUGUCCUUCCAGGAGCUGUCUGAGGGGCUGCUGAGCCAGAGCCGAGAGAAAGUGGCCAAGGCCCGGGAGUGCCUGGAUGAUCUGCUGGAGUAUGUGGCUAGGAACAUCCCUCUUACCUGGGUUGUGGGGCCCUUUGCUCCUGCUGCAGCCCCUGCAGAGCAGGUGGAGGAGCCUAUUGCAGAGGGGAAAGUGGAGGAACCUGCAUGGGAAGGCAAGGUGGAGCUCUGAAGUGGUGAACCCUCCCCACUAUGGGCAAUUCCUAUGGAAGGAGAACCCAGUUUUUGUUGAGGGAUUUCUUUUGUCUUCAUUCAGACAGUGAAGGUGGGGUGGGCCUCUGUCUGUCUGAUUGUGCAGAUCCUUACCCCAAUAACCUGCUAGCUUGCCUGGGUUCCCCAGAACAGGCUUUCUUUCCCUUCCCCUCAACUUGGUUGGCCUGUUGGUGUGUUACUAAUUCAAAGCUUCUCCAGUCCUAAAGAACAUGCCUUCUGGUGUGACUGCUGUUGGCUUUGUGUUGAUCUAAUCUGGUGUUUGCAGCCUGUUUUCCAGUGUGUGCCACCCAGGUUGCAGGGAAAAGAGGUAUGCUUGUAUUGGCUCUUGUACUUGGCAGAAUUGCUGCAGCCACUUGAAUAAACACUGCAUUGAAAAAACA